UACUAAUUUAUUACUAUUAUAGUAUGCUAUUUUGAAUUCUUACAUAUCAUACUGAUUUUCCCCGGUGCUUGCUGAAACAAAGAUAAUUUUGCUCUAAAGAAUUUAAUUUCCCUGAAGAAGUCAUUGCUUGCUGAAACAAAGAUAAUUUUGCUCUGAAGAAUUUAAUUUCCCUGACGAAGUCAUAGGAAAAAUGAUUGAAGAUGCGAUAGUUAAUGUGACUAUCCAGAUGCUAAUUAAGGGUUUGGUUGACAAAGUUGAUGCUGAAGUUCAAUAUGUUCUUGGAUUUGAACAUGAGUUUGAUAAGAUGAAGUCAGAGCUUGUAAGUUUGCAAUCAUACCUCGGUGAUGUGGACAGGCACAGAGAGAAGUACGACACUCUUAAGGAUGCUUCUUCUAGACUACAAGAUCUGAUUUAUAGAAUUGAUGAUUUGGUCAUUGACUGCCAGAACCGAGUAGAGUAUGAAAAGAUGAAAAACAGGCAUUUCUCAUAUAUUUCUCCACGUGGAAUUUAUUUCCGUAAUCAGAUUGGAAAGAAGUUGGCAGAAAUCAACAGGGAUAUAGUGAGUAUCCGUCAAUUAUUGAACAUUAUUCCCGCUAUGGCUAGUCUUGUAGAUAAGAGUGAAGAACUUGUAAGUAGGGGUAGUGGAAGGAUUCGAUGGACAUCAGACAUCAUCGAUGAAUCUCAGAUCGUUGGCUUAGCUGAAGAUACAAAGACACUAAAAGAGUGGAUCCUUCCUUUCAACGGAUCGUUACAACUAAUUGGCGUUGUGGGGAUGGCAGGUGUUGGCAAAACCACACUUGCCCAAAAGAUUUACAACGAUAAAGACGUUUGUUCAUCCUUUGAAGAGAAAAUUUGGGUUUGUAAAUCAAAAUUUGGUGAGCUUGAGAUCAUGAGGAGUAUUGUGCAACAACUCACAAAGACGGAUCAUGGGUCAGAUAAAAUUUUCUUGUUGAAGACAAUUCAUGAACAACUUUCCAACAAAAAAUACUUAAUUGUCAUGGAUGAUGUGUGGAGCAUUGAUGACGGGUGGUGGAAACGGAUCUUUGAAGGACUGCCCAAAACAGAGAAGCAGAACAGCUGCAUCAUUAUUACAUCUAGAAAUGAAGUCGUCGUUAGGGAAAUGGGAGUCGAGGAAGAACAAAUUCAUCGACCCAAGGUUCUUUCGGAGAAAGAGGGGUGGUUGUUAUUUUGCAAGGUUGCAUUCGCGUCAUCCAAGGGAAAAUGCGAGGAUACUGAACUAGAACAAGUUGGAAAAGACAUCCUGAAGAAAUGUGGUCGUCUUCCCCUAGCAAUCAAGGCAAUUGGAGGUCUAUUGUCAUCGAAAUCUCAGUUGCGUUCCGUGUGGCAGGAGGUAUAUAAAGAUUUGCCUCAGAUAUUGGCAAAUGAAAGCAAGAGCCAAGAUUCUUUAAUGGCUACUCUGCAACUAAGUUACGAUGAUCUUUCUCUCCAGCUAAAGCAGUGUAUUCUAUGUUUCGCAAUUUAUCCAGAGGAUUAUGAGAUACAGGUUGAUCAACUGGCAAAUUGGUGGAUUGGAGAAGGAUUCAUUUACAAGAAAGGGAAAAAAAUUGCAAGAAAAAUGGCUCUUGAAUGUUUAUCAGAAUUGAUAAGUCGAUGCCUCGUUGAAGCUGUGAGGAAAAGAAACUAUGACGGGAGAGUUUACAGUUGCAAGAUGCAUGACUUGGUUCGAGAUAUGAUAAUCAGAGUUGCAAUAGAAGAGAGCUUUUGCAGUUUAGAUGAGAAUAAUACAAACAUAGCCACAAAAGAUUCUCGCCGAAUGGGUGUGACAGAUGAAACAAAACUGGAGCCCUUGGCUGGAAACUCAAAGUUAAGGGCACUUCUUCUCAACAAAGCCUAUUGCAUGGGCUUCACUAGGCAGGUUGCAUUGGCUCAAGUCAAGUCUCUCCGGGUUUUAGACCUCUCACACAGCAAGUUUGAGGAGAGUCUCCAAUUUUGUGAAGAGGAUAUGUGGCAUUGGAUCACAUCCUUGAAACGUCUAGCCUAUUUGAGUUUUCGAGACGUGGCAAAUUUGACUAAACUGCCAAAAUCCAUCAAGAAGUUAUGGGGCCUCCAAAUUUUGGUACUUGGUGAAUGCAAGAACUUAAAACAGCUCCCCAAAUCAAUCACCCUUCUUUCAAAGCUGAUCGUCUUGGAUGUGGGGAAUUGUACCUCUCUUUCUUAUCUACCACGCGGUCUCUCCAAACUCUCCCAUCUUCAAGAAUUGUAUGGCUUCAAGAUACCUGAUGCAACGAUACGAAAUGCAUGUCACUUGCGUGAUCUAAAGGAUCUGAGGGAACUUCAAGUAUUACAAUUGGAUUUCAUGGAUGGAAGCAUGAUAGAGGAAGACGAACUAACAGUACUCGAAAAAUUUCAACAUCUAAGGAUGCUAAUUGUUAAUGCUGGUGACCGUAAAGAUGAUAUUUUCUUAGAGAGGAUGGAGAAGUUGUCACCACCUAAAUCUCUCGAAGAAUUGUAUCUAAGGCACUUCAAUGGACCUACUACACCAGCAUGGAUAGCCCCUGAUUUGCUAGAUCAACUACAUUAUCUUUGUAUCGAAGAAUCCAGCGUGCUACAACAAUUGAGCAACAGUUUCAGGGGUAGUGAUGAAAAGAAAUGGAAAAUCGAAGGACUUUGCUUGAAAUGCUUGCCAAAUCUAGAGGAGACAUGGGACGGAAUCAGAAGUGCAAUACCUGGCCUAAAGUAUGUGGAAACAAGCCACUGUGGAUCGCUGAAAUCGUUCAAUUGUUCUGUUAAGAAUAUAGGAUUUUGGAGGAAACCAGAGGAAGAAAAUGAAGAGCCAAAUGUUGUUCCCCUCAUGGAAGGACACCAUCACAAAGAUGAGAUGAACUAGUUUCUUAGUAUUCAGUUUGUGGCAUUGUUUGCUUUCUAUUUAUGUUGUUAUUUACAAGUUGUAUUAGUUUGAUGCAUUUCUCAUUUCACUUUUGGUUUGUAACAAUAUUGUAAGUAGCUUUCACUAUUGUGGUAUUUAGAUUAGUUAUAUGGAUGUAUGGAAUAGCCAGUGUUGCAAUAACAAUUAAGAGUGGUUAUGUUGUAGAUGCUGUACUAGAGUGGUUUUCUUGUGGCUUCCCUGCCCAACUGUAUUCACUGA